AUGAAACCAUCAUCCACCGGAGAAGCACCGGCAGAAGCACCGAAGAAGAGUGCGCUUGUCUCAAUCUCAAAAACCGAGGCAGCGCAAAUGGAAACGCAGCAAAGGAAAGCAUCCAUCAGAAGGAGUCCAAACCUAAGCUCCGUUGCUGAGGCAAACAAUGUUUUGUUUGGCAGGGGGAAGCGCUUUACCUAUCAUCCAGGAAAUCAGCGGAUGCGCCGGAUCCUCGACAAGUACAGGUCUCAAUACUUUGGUGCCUCGUGUGCGGAAAAACGCAAGCUAAUUAAGAAAGCCUAUGGAGAAAUCAUCGAAGGUGGCGUAAAAUUCUUGAAGCCGGCUGGAAGGGAGGACGAGUGGGUCGAAGUUGAUGUUGAACUUGCAAUCCAAAAGGUGGGCCAUUCGCUUCGUUGCCGAAGGUCUUUCAAAGGCAUCAUUCAAGAGCCUUUGACAACCCGGAAGGCGCCUACUAGAAAAUUGCAGAAAGGUGCGAUGUCCCAAGCUAGUUCUGGGUUUAUUGGAGAGUCAUUUGCUGGUCCUUCGAUGUUCCAGGAAAGUCAAAUGCAACACAAUAUACAAGCAUCAAUCACACGUCCGUUGGAAGACGAACUUUUGAGACAGACAAUUGCCCAGCAGCAAUCAUGUGAUCUCGGUUUUUCAUUGCUUCCCAAUCCAAUGACAUCUUUGUUGGUUCGACAACUUGAGCUUGAGCGACUUGGAUUGUUUCCAUUGAGGGCCAGAGCGCCAAUCAUACAACCCGGAGCUUUUUCGCAGGAGGCACUGCGAGUGAUUGAACAUGAAGAGGAGCUUCUUCGGAUAAUGUCGUCACAUGGCAGCCAUUUUUCAUGA